UUGAACGUCAACCGCAAGGCUAAUGAUUGUAAACGACUGCAUACAUUGUUUUGGAACGGUUUUCUUGUGUGGUCAUCAAAAAUUCAUUUCCAAAAAUAAUCAAAAUUUUUGACGAAUAUUCUCGUUUACAUCCGGAACCAGAAUGUCUAACCAGAAUGUUCGACCGAGCUCAUCAACGGCGCCACCUGCCUCUGUACAGGAAUUCGUCAUUCGCGUACCGAAAAAUCUCAAAAAGCACCAUCAUGUCAUGAGAUUCAACGCAACGCUGAAUGUGGAUUUCGCUCAAUGGAAAAUGGUGAAAUUGGAGCGAGAAAACAAUCUCAAAGAAUUCAAAGGACUCGAUGAAGACACACCGAAAUUCGGUGCCGGAUCCGAAUACAAUCGUGAGUUGCGAGAAGAGGUGCGACGCAAAAAGUACGGUAUCGUUGCGAAACGAUACAAACCGGAGGCCCAACCAUGGAUAUUGAAAGUUGGUGGAAAGUCGGGUAAAAAGUUUCGCGGGAUCAGAGAAGGCGGAGUUGGUGAAAAUGCUGCCUUUUAUGUGUUCGCCCAUGCUCCGGACGGAGCCAUAGAAGCAUAUCCACUGAACGAAUGGUACAAUUUCCAACCGAUUCAACGGUACAAGGCAUUAUCGGCCGAAGAGGCCGAACACGAGUUUGGCCGACGAAAGAAGGUCAUGAAUUUCUUCUCGCUCAUGUUACGGAAACGUUUGAAGGGUGAUGACGAUGAGCCAGAGGAUCCAGAAGAAGCGAAAUUGAAAAAGGCAGCAGGAAAGAAGGGAAAGGAAUUAAAGAUCAGCGACAUGGAUGAGUGGAUGGAAUCGGAUGAUGAUUCGGAUUCCGAUGAGGAGGACAAGCCGAAAGCGAAAGAAGAGGAUGACAGUGGCGAUGAGAAAAAGAAGAAGAAGAAAGGCCAGCCGGAGAAGCCGAAAAAGAAACGAAAUUUAGAUGAAAGUGCCGGCGAGGAAUCGGAUGAUGGGGAUGAGGAAGGUCGCGAAUUGGACUACAUUUCUGAUUCAAGUGAUAGUGAACAGGAACCGGAGAAGCAAAUGAAAUCCGUGGCUGAAGAAGAUGCGCUACGCAAAUUACUGACGUCUGACGAGGACUCCGACGAUGAAAAGAAAUCCGGCGAAUCAGAUAAAGAGGAGGACGAAGCAAUGGCGAAGAAAGAGGCUAAAGAGGCAAAAGAUGCCAAGGAGGCCAAAGACAAAAAGCGAAAGAAAUUGAAGAAAAAAUCAAAGGAAGAGAAGAAGGGCUCCUCCAGCGAACUAAGUUCGGACAGCAGCGACUCUGAUGUUGAUGUGAAGAAGAAGAAAACGAACGGAAGCUCAAACAACAAUUCACGAUCAGCUUCGCCAGUGGAGAACAACAAACGGAAAUUCUCAAUGCCGACCGAUUUGGGUGGAUCCGAAAACAGUAACAGUCCAACAUCAACACCAGCCAAGCGACCGAAAUUGGAUCCACCACCAUCAUUGCCGCCAUCGUUCACAAGCGUCUCCAACAGCAAGGAUGACUAUGGCAUUACGGAGGAAGCGGUUCGACGUUAUCUCAUGCGCAAACCGAUGACAACCACCGAACUGUUGACGAAAUUCAAGACCAAGAAAACCGGCGUCUCAAGCGACAAGCUCGUCGAUACGAUGACGGCAAUUUUGAAGAAAAUCAAUCCGGUCAAACAGACCAUCCAAGGGAAGAUGUACUUGAGCAUCAAACAAAAUCGAUAGAUGCGAUAGGCCGCCCGUCAACAUGAACCUUCCCGAAAUGAAUUAAAUUCCCAUUUGAUAGAAAC